GUAGGGAAAACGCGGAAGAAGAGAAUCGCAAGUCUACACGUGUUUCAACUUUCAACUCGCACUGCAGAUUGUAGAUUUUACGAACGGUGCUUUGCUCCGAAACAAACGUUUGCCUUCAAGUAAAGACCAGUUUAUGAAAGAAUUAAAAUCAUCAAAUCUGAAUUCCAGGCCGACCACCAGCUUUACAAAUUGACAUCUCCAUAAUUAUUUUGGCUACGAAAUCAGCUUCAGGCAUAGGACAUCUUCUCAAAGGACAUUUAGUUUGAGCCAGCGGUAGAAUGGGCAAAGCCAAGAAACAGAAGAGCCAGUUGGUCAAGGCGAAGGGGACCAGUGAAAAGCAGCCGGCAACCCACAAAGCCUUCAAAGUAUCGCAGCACAAAGCCACCAAGGCAAAGCACAAAGCCAAAGUAGUCUCCACAAACCUGAAGAGGUUAAAUUUCCAGAACAGACAGCAAGUCAGCAGAAUCAACGAUAGAUUUACAGACAUCCAGCACUCCAUGGUAACGAGUAGCAAACCUAAGGAAACAACACCGACUUUUACCAAAAAGGCUAGCAAGACAGAGACUCAACAACCCAACAUGGACGAAGCAACAAGGCAGAUGGCAAUGUUAUGAUUGACACGGAUCCAUGGAAGAUGAUGACAGUGCUUGGCAGUGCAUGGUGUGUCGAAAGUCGUGUUCACGUUGGACUUUAUUUUGGUAAAACCUGGCGUGCUUUCCCACAACCACAUCCAGUGUUACAUUGAAAAGUCAAUGGCAGGGCACCCUCAAAACAUUUUGAAAGAGCACGUUCAGUACUGGUAAGUUUACACAACCAAAGACGGAAAGAACGUAGUAUCCAGACGCCACUUCUUUGGUUGCGUACAAAGUCUAUGGAGAGUUGCAUGUAUUUUUA